UAGUUUUAGAGGAAAAUGGCGUCCAAUUCGAAGAAGUUGCACUUUUGUGCUAUUUUCUUAAAAUAAUUUCUCCCAAAGAUCCAAUGAUAUUUCGACUGCCGUAGACAAAAGUGCUUUCCGUAGGAUAUAUUUUAAUUGUGUAACAGAUAGUUAGCUUGAUAUACGGUUAGUGUAUCACGUUUUCAAGCUGGAUCGUUCCCAAGUGUAAAACGUGAAAACAAGAAGAGGCAAGGAAAGGAUUUUACAUUUUGAUGGCGAAAAGCGAAGACAAUUCCACGGGGGUUAGAAGUGCUAGGGUUAAACUAGAUGUGUUGCUGAAAGAUCUUAUAAAGAAAACAGAAGAAAGCAGUGAAGAUGAGGCCAGUUCUACAGCAGGAGGCACUGUGUCAUUUCAAAUGCCACCACCAUCGACUCCAACUAAAAGGAGUGCCUCAGGGAAAACCCCAAGGAAAAGACGCAAAAAAGAUAUAGGAUAUGACGAUGGAGAUGGGACUAGUCAGAAUCCGAGUUUUGUUAUGAAGUUGUUUGACCGCAGUGUGGAUUUUGCCCAAUUUAAUGAAGACCCACCACUGUACGCCCUAGCACGAGCUUGGAUGCAGAAUAAACCAUAUGGAACAAAGUCAUCUGAUUCACAAGAGGGCAACCAAGAUGGUGACUCUCCAUCAAGCAGCCAAGAAAGUGGCAUGUCUUCUACAACACACAGUAAUGGUGAGGGUGAUCCUAAAAAUGUGUACAGUUUUCCAGAUCCAAUUAAACUGAUUGAAGACUGUAACAUGAACAGCACUCAUACCAAAGGGACGCUGUCUCUUGAUAUUCAUUACGAUCUUGAUAAAGCUCCAGCAGUGAGUGACCUCAAAAGAAAUCACAUUGAUAGAUGGAAGAAGGUUAAGACCAACUGGAGAGACUACUCUUUCCAGAGACAAGCCCGCUAUACUCCGAGUAUAAAAAAGAUACGAGAACUAUUUGAACAUCAAUAACAUGUCAUGUGAAGAAAUGUGCAACAUUUUAUUUUGACUUAAGUUUACUUAAGUGUAUAUUAUACAUACCAUGCCAGGGUUGCCCCAAACUUUUGAAGCUGGCAGCGUUAUUGUUAGAGAAGGCAGCUGAAUUUUACCGUCCUUUUCUGAAGAAUCAGACCACUUGGGGUGUCGUAGCCAGAGAGAGUAGCUAGCCUAGAUUGUGAAGAAGAUGGUGAUUUUAGCUGGCAGCUGGCCUACUGUACAUGUACUUUUGACAACCAUGGAUAUCUGUACAAUCAUGUAAUUAUGUUCUGGUACAGGCUUUUUGUAAGUAUAAUUUUAGUUAGUAGUUGCAAGUUUUGUAGUUUUUCAUGCUGUGGCGAGACUUACAGUUACAUGAAAGGUAACCAAAGAUGGAAAUACUGCAACAGUAUUUGGACUAUUUGUAUCGGGUACUACCUGAUACAAAUAGACUAUAUGAUGUUGCAGUAUUUUAAUCUUCAGUUACCUUUUAUAUGUAACUGUACCAUAGUCAUAAGCAACAAACAUUAUACCAUUAAUUAGGGCAAGGACUGUAUUCUCUUAGUUAAUAACCAGAUCCUUGUUCAAAAUGGUAGAUCUACAGACUUGGAGUCUAGUUAAAAUAAACACUACCAGAAUUUGUUCAA